UGGAAGGGCGGAAACAACCUGGAUCUUUCUGGCGUAAAAGGAAACAAGAAAAGCAAGAAAGACAAAAUAAAAUUUUGAAAGGUAUACCCAAAAUGACAGCAUUUUUUACACCUGAUGGAAAUCAAGAAGACGACACUACAAAUAUUUCCCAACCCGGUAGUAGUUCUAGUGCUACUAGUGAUAAAUAUAUUCAUAUUCAACCACAUGAACUUAUUUUGGAGACUUCAGAAUUAGUGCCAGAGCCAGAGCAUUUAGUAUCACCUGUUUCAAAAGUAUUAGAAUAUGAAAAAGCAACCACCAGUAACUCGGAUCCAAAACAGGAUUUACUUAAUUUUAAAGAUCCGGCACUUUGGCAAGAUUCCCAUAAUUAUGCAGAAAUGAUUCUAGAAAAAUGGGUCAAACAGAAUCUUACAGAUAUGGACUUUUUAAUGUCAAAAAGAAAUUUCGUGAAACAACACAGGUAUGCCGGUAAGCAAGAUUGGGCAAUUUACUCCGAGAGCACUGGCAAUAUAUGUUGUCUUUAUUGUGUAUUAUUUGGAAAUAAAAAGAACCAAUUUAAAACAGGAUUUUCAUUAUGGAAUAAAAGUAAGGAAAGAUUAGACGAACAUGAAAGAUCCAAUGAUCAUAUAGAUAAUCUGAAAAUGUAUAUGACUCGCUUAUUAAAGCAAGGAAGAGUUAAUGUAGAACUUGAAAAGGAAAUUAGCACUGCGAAAGAAUAUUGGGUGAAAGUACUAGAAAGAAUCAUAAGUGUAAUAAAGUUUCUGGCUACCAGGGAAUUGGCAUUUAGAGGUACUCAUGAAAGAAUUGGCGAAAAACGGAAUGGAAACUACUUAGGUUUACUGGAACUAUUGUCAGAAUACGAUCCAUUUUUGAAAGAUCAUAUUAAUAAACGAGCAAAUUGAGGUAAGGGCAAAACGUCAUAUCUAUCAAAAGAUAUAUGUAACGAAUUACUGAAUAUUUUAUCCAAUCGAGUCAUUGAUGAAAUUGUUAGACAAAUUAAGGCAAACAAAUACUAUUCUAUAAGUGUAGAUUCAACACCUGACAUAACACACCAUGACCAACUUACAGUGAUUUUGAGAUAUUGUGACAAUAAAGGGAAUCCCGUGGAAAGAUUCGUGGGAUUUUAUAAAAAC